GCUUUAAAUAGCUUGGUUACUAGUGGGUAUUUUCAGUCCAUCAUGGCCCGGCUGCUGUGGUCUGUGUGUCUGUGUGUUCUCUGGCUGCACAGCUGUCACAGCAGUGGGCUGGAUGGGCAGGAGGAGUUCAUGCUUCUGGCUGGACCUCUAGUGGGAAACUCCAAAGAGGCCUUUGACUGCAGCUCUCCCAUUCCCACAGGCUCCAGACAGUACUUUGAGUACCUCCAGAGCCGAGGGGUGACUCACUUCAAGGUGCCGCUGUCAUGGUCUCAGCUUCUACCUACAGGGCACCCCCGGCAGCCCCGGCAGGCUGCGGUCACCUGCUACCGGACCCUUCUGCGACAGCUGGUGGCGGCGGGCCUCCAGCCUCUGCUGGCUCUGCACGGAUCCACAGUACCGACCCCUUUCAGGUCCAGGUAUGGAGGCUGGGAGAGCCCAGAGCUGGUAGACAUGUUCCAGCAGUACGCCCGGUUUGCCUUCCAGGAGUUCGGAGCACUGGCACACACGUGGGUGAUAAUGAGCGACUUGGAUGACGUCUGGGACGAUGGACAAACUACAGCUGCGCCGGAUUUUCUGCAGAACCUCUUUAAAAUCAGCCAGAACCUUUACCAGCUCUACCAUCAACGCUUCCCUGGCAAAGGAAGACGUCUGUCACUGGGGUUGAGAGCUCCGGACGCUGGGACUCUGUCGCGGAUCAGAGGCUCAAACACAAUAGAUUUCCUGUCAGUGCAUAUUGACUAUAACUGUGCUACUCCAUCAAACAUAGCAAAGGAGCUGAGGAGUUUACAGUUGUCCAGUGGGAAUUUACCAAUCCUAAUUUACACAAUGACAGCUCAUGAUUGCUCCAAUGAUCAGUUCCAGCUACUUGGAAGUUUCCUGCAAGUCUUCAACGAUAAUGACCUGAAUAUUCUGGGAUGUGACAUGAGGGAUGUGUUGGGUAAGAUGGACUUGAAGAAUGCCGCAGGCAGCAUUCCAGAUGCAAAGGUAGUAAAGAUUGGAAACAGUUACCAGAAUGUGUGGGAGAAGUUUGGAAGCCAGACUACAGCAGAACGAGACCUUUUCCUAAACGACUCAUUCCCCGCUGGCUUCCAAUGGGCCACCUCCAGUGAGUCCUUCAAGGUGGAGGGAGGAUGGUCAGAGGGUGGAAAGGGGGUGACCAUAUGGGACUCUUUUGGUCAUGAUGGCCUUGCCUUUGCCAAUCAGACAGCCGAUCUGGCUUGUGACAGUUACCACAAAGUGGAUUACGACGUCUAUCUUCUACGAGGUCUUCAUGUGAAAACCUUCCAGUUCUCCAUUUCCUGGGCUCGUAUUUUCCCCUCUGGCUACCGUGGCAGCCACUCUGAGAAGGGGGCUCUCUACUAUGACAAACUGAUCAAUGCUCUCAUUGAAUCUAACAUACAACCUGUUGUCACUCUCUACCACUGGGAUCUGCCUCAGGCACUCCAAGACUUAGGGGGUUGGAACAACCAUUCCAUUAUCGAUGCCUUCAAGGACUAUGCAGACUUCUGCUUCUCUAGGUUCGGAGACAGGGUCAAGACCUGGAACACAUUUAGCAGCCCCUGGACAGUGAGCCAUGCUGGGUAUGGUACUGGAGAGCAUCCCCCUGGAGUAAAGGACUAUGUUGUUGCCUCCUAUCAGGUCACUCAUAAUAUAAUCAAGUCCCAUGCUGAAGCCUGGCAUGUCUACAAUGACAAGUAUAGGACAAAACAAGGAGGAAAAGUGGGAAUUGCACUGAACUCUGACUGGGCUGAGCCCGCGGAUCCCCUUAGACCUGAAGACAUGGCAGCUGCAGAUCGCUAUUUGCAGUUCAUGCUAGGCUGGUUUGCACAUCCUAUAUUUGUAGAUGGAGAAUAUCCGGCAACACUCAAGACUCAGAUUGAGGAGAAAAGAAAAAAGUGUCCUCACACUGAACCUGCAAGGCUUCCAGUUUUCACCCCUGAAGAGAGGAAGAGGAUACACGGAACCGCUGACUUUUUAGGGUUAAACCACUACACCUCACGUUUGGUUACCUUCAGUGAUGGCGGAUGCGUCCCUGGUCCUCAGGGGGUUGGUGACUUCCAGGCAUUUGCAGAUUCAUCGUGGCCUUCUACAUCUUCUGACUGGAUUUAUUCUGCACCGUGGGGUCUCAGAAGGCUUCUAAACUACAUUUCAACAGAAUACAUGAACGUUACCAAAGUACCCAUUCAUAUAACUGGGAAUGGAAUGCCUUCUCAGUACAGUGGAGACACUCUCAAUGACACCAGCAGGAUAGAGUACAUAGAGAGUUACAGCAAUGAGGCUUUGAAAGCAAUAUUAUUAGAUGGAGUAGAUGUGCAGCGAUUUACAGUGCAGUCACUCACUGAUGGAUUUGAGGGAAGACAAGGAUACAGCCAACGGUUUGGUCUUCACCACGUCAACUUCGAAGAUGCAAACAGACCAAGAACACCAAAGCAGUCUGCAUACUUCUACUCUAAGGUUAUCAAGCAAAAUGGGUUUGGUUCAAAGAAGGGGCCUGUUGUUAAAGGGCUGGACAUGCAACCCUCUGUUCGUCCAACUGCUUUAUUGCCCUCUGAGGUACCGUCCAAAUCAAAGGCAGUCUGGGAGAAGUUCUCGCACCAGUCAAAAUUCCAGAGAAAUAUUUAUCACUACGGCACUUUCCCAGAAGACUUCAGAUGGGGAGUAUCGUCUUCAGCUUAUCAGAUUGAGGGUGCCUGGAAUGUUGAUGGGAAAGGGGCAAGCGUGUGGGAUACCUUCACUCAUAAACCUGGAAGUAUUCCUGCUAAUGCCAAUGGAGAUGUUGCCUGCGACAGUUACCACAGACUGGAUGAAGACCUUUACAUGCUGCGGGCUCUCAAGGUUAAGUCAUACAGAUUUUCUCUGUCCUGGUCCAGGAUCUUUCCCAAUGGCAGGCGAUCCUCCCUGAACCAGAAAGGCGUUGAUUACUAUAACAGGCUCAUUGAUGAGCUCUUAGCAAAUAACAUCACCCCCAUGGUGACCCUCUAUCACUGGGACCUUCCUCAAGCUCUGCAAGGCAUUGAUGGUUGGGAAAAUGCGGGUAUGAUUUACCUUUUCAAUGACUUUUGUGAUUUCUGUUUUGACACGUUUGGAGACAGGGUGAAAUUUUGGAUUACUUUCAACCGGCCUGACACGAUUGCAUGGUCCGGGUAUGGGCUUGGAGAGAUUCCACCCAAUAUAAAGAAUCCAGGAACUGCACCAUACACAGUUGCACACAACCUAAUAAAAGCUCACGCUGAAGUCUAUCACACAUAUGAUAAUAAGUACCGCAAAUCCCAAGGCGGGCUAGUAUCCAUUGCUCUCUCUGCGGAUUGGUUUGAACCCAAAGAUGCUAACCUGCCACGAGAAGUGAUGGCUGCUGACCGCGCACUACAGUUUCAACUCGGGUGGUUUGCACACCCGAUAUUUAAAAAUGGUGACUAUCCUGAUGCAAUGAAAUGGCAAGUUGGAAACAAAAGUGAGCUCCAACGUCUUCCGGAGUCAAGACUACCGUCUUUUACUGAAGAAGAGAAAAGUUUCAUUAGGGGAACAGCCGACGUGUUCUGUGUAAAUCACUACACUACAAAAAUUGCUCGCCAUGUUACAUCAAAGCUUUCCCCAAAAUCGUAUCAAUAUGACAGGGAUUUUGUAGAAUCUGACGAAAGUGAGUCGUCAAGCACAGCUAUCAAUGGCCAGAGGGCUGUCGCAUGGGGGUUAAGAAGAGUCCUGAACUGGAUUAAGGAAGAGUAUGGAGAUCCAGAGAUUUACAUAACAGAGAACGGCGUGGCCACAGAAUCGAAGAUAACUUGGGAUGACACUGCCAGAGUAUUUUACUACAAGACCUAUAUUGACGAGGCUCUCAAAGCCUAUGACCUUGAUGCUGUGAAGGUGAAAGGAUACGUAGCAACAUCACUUAUAGAUUCUUUUGAGUGGCUUAAUGGAUACAAAGUUGGGUUUGGAUUGCACCAUGUUGAUUUCACUAAUCCCAACCGGCCAAGGACUCCCAAGUACUCAGCUCACUAUUACUACCAGGUCAUAAAGAACAAUGGUUUCCCUACUCCAGAUGAUGACAAAAUCCUGUAUGGCCAUUUCCGCAAGGGUUUCAUUUGGAGCGUUUCAACAGCAUCUUACCAAAUUGAAGGGGGGUGGAGAGCAGAUGGAAAAGGCCUCAGCAUCUGGGAUACAUUUGCUCACACUCCUCUCCGAGUGUCUGAUGAUGACACUGGGGACAUAGCUUGUGACAGUUACAACAAAAUAGAAGAGGACAUUGCCAUGUUGAAGCAGCUUAAGGUGACUCAUUACCGCUUCUCCAUUUCCUGGCCAAGGGUGCUUCCCGAUGGCACCACCAACCACGUCAAUAAGGCUGGACUCAACUACUACCACAGACUGGUGGAUGCAUUGCUUGCUGCAAACAUCCAGCCUCAGGCCACUCUUUACCACUGGGACCUUCCACAAGCUCUGCAAGAUGUUGGAGGCUGGGAGAAUGAUACAAUUGUUGACAGAUUUAGAGAAUACGCAAAUGUCAUUUUUAGUCAACUAGGUCCCAAAGUGAGAUUAUGGAUCACCAUUAAUGAGCCAUACAAUGUAGCAAAUAUAGGCCAUGGCUAUGGAACAGCUGCUCCAGGGAUCAGCUUCCGACCAGGCACUCUGCCCUACAUCGUGGCUCACAACCUGAUUAAAGCUCACGCCGAGGCUUGGCACCUGUACAAUGAUAAAUACAGAGCCGAGCAGAAAGGAAUUAUUUCCAUAACGAUCAAUUCUGACUGGUCAGAGCCCAGAAAUCCCUAUAAACAGGAGGACAUUGAUGCUGCAAGACGUGUGGUGCAGUUCCAACUUGGCUGGUUUGCCCAUCCGAUAUUUAACGGAGACUACAGCGAUACCAUGAAGACAAUAAUUCGAGAGCGAAGCUUAGCUGCUGGUCUGGCCAAAUCUCGGCUGCCUGAGUUUUCUCCUGAGGAGAUCAAAAGAAUUAAGGGUACUUAUGAUUAUUUUGGGUUCAACCAUUACACCACCGUUCUCGCAUUCCCUGUGGAUUAUAAGAACCUUCAACACUAUGAUGCUGACAGAGGUGUGGGGACAAUUGCUGAUCGUACCUGGCUGGAUUCGGGUUCGGGCUGGCUGAAAGUGUCUCCAUUUGGUUUCCGGAGGAUUUUAAACUUUAUCAAGGAGGAGUAUGGAAACCCGCCCAUUAUUAUCACUGAGAAUGGCAUCUCAGAGCGGGGGGCUGUUGACCUAAAUGACAUUCACAGGAGCUACUACUUUGAAAAGUACAUCAACCAGUUGUUGAAAGCUUACUUGCUAGAUGACAUUGAUAUCAGUGGUUACACCGCUUGGACACUGAUGGACAACUUGGAGUGGGCAACUGGCUUUGCAGAGAGAUUUGGCCUUUUCUAUGUCAACCGCUCAGACCCAAAACUUCCUCGAGUGGCCAAAGCAUCUGUUAAAACCUACUCUACUAUAAUCAAUUGUAAUGGUUUCCCUGACCCUGACUCGGGGCCCAACGACUGCUUGGACCCUGUGCCUGAAGGAACGAGUGAGCCGAUCACUGAAGACACUGUGAACUUCCUGGGUAUGAAGCUCUCCAUCAGCAAUGCUGAGACUGGACUGAAUGCCACCUUCGCUCUACUGAUUGUUGCAGUGUUUGGAACCAUUUGUUUUUCUGUUUGCUUCUUUGUAGCAAGAAAAAAAGUCAGGAAAAACAGGUUAGUAUAGGAACCUAAAGGCUGGAGGAUGAAUGGAUGUCCAACACACAAGAAUCAGCAUCUCUAUACAAACAAAGCUGCACAAAAUCUUUCAAAUGCUAAAUCAUCCCUGGAUACGUUUUUUAAACUAUUAUGUAAACGAAAGAAAACAUAAAUUUUUAAGUUGUGCAAAUAAAUACAUCUGAAUACAGUCAUUCCUGUAAUGUAUACAAUUUGUAAGUACAAAAUGUAUGUUUCUGAAGACAACAUAAUAAAGUCCAGCUAGUUUGUUGA